UCUGCAUUUUUCAGUUUUGACCUAAAACAAGUCGUUUUAUUUAUUUUGAAGUGAAUCGGAGAGGGUCGUUGCAUCUGCUUGAUCACUUGACAUGGAAUGACCCAUAUGCAGUUUGAAAUGUUGAUGUCUUGGCGUAGCAGAGCGUGGAAUGUGGCAGUACGGCUUUUAGUGCUGAGAAUCAAAAUACAUUUCUGUUGGAGCAUUAGAUUGGUAAAAAAUCAAACAAUUUCGAAAAUAUGAUUGAACAUAACCGCUCGUUCUUGGCACAUGUGGUCCUACGUCAACUUUGCGAUCGUGUCUUGGAUACCACCCUCCUACUUUUUCUAAAAAAUCUGGGAUCAUGCCUUCCAUCGCAUGAAGAAGUAAAGCUGUUUGUGUCGGUCCUUUAAUCAACAGUGUACAGUAGGUACAACAGUGGCGGAACUAGACCACAUCAUUUUUUUUGGAAAAAAAAGGUUUGGAAAGACUUUUCAAAUUUAAAUGCCCUUCGUAAUUAACUACCUAAAUGCAUGCGUUUUCAGGUUAAUUCGAUUUUAAAUUUAGAGAGUGUGAAAAUAACAAUAAAUUUUAUAUUAAUUAAAAAUAUUUUGUAUGAAUAUUUUGUUUUUUUGGUAAAACUUGAUAUUAUUUCUAAAGCAUCGAUAAAACUCAGGGUGACAAAUUUUAAGUUGAAUUUCUACCUAAAAGUAAUGUUUUGAAUAUAUUUUCUUUGAAACUUUCUAAAGAAUAAUCAAAUGCCAUGGUGCCAUGAUGAUUCUAAUAGUUUUCAAAUCAUAAAGCUCUUUGUGACUAACUUUGUACAAGAUAUUUUAAAAUUAAGUUUGGAAAAUUUGAUUUUUUUGAAAAUAUACCUUUUUUGGCAGAUGAUUUGUAUUCUGCAAUAAACAAGCAUAGAUUCACUUAAAUUUAUGAUCAAUAUAACACAGUUUAUCCUUUGACAAUGAGAAGAUUAGAUGUCGUACACAAAUUACGUUACGCUAAAAAUUACGAUUUCAGGCCUAGACCCCCUCCCCCGCUUUGUAACAAUAAGUAACGUUCCAUAUGACAACUGUCAAUCUUGAGAAAAUAUCAAAGUUAUUUAAUUGGCUCAAUUAUCGCCCCUCUCCCAUAUGUAACAAUAAGUAACGCAAACUUAACCCCGUCCCCCCUUCAUGCGUUACAUAAUUUGUGUACGACGCUUCAGAUAAAUAAUUCAAAAAUCGUUCUUUGAAUUAUUCAAAGCAUGAAAGUGAAUCUUCGGAAAUGUGGACAUAAUCGUCACUUCCAUAUUAUUCAUCCAAUCUUUAUGCCGUCAAAGAAUGGUUUGUGUUAUACAGUAAAGUAUUUUUUACAUGAUGGAUACGUACCGGGAAAAAAAUCGACGUAAAUCCAAACUUAUGAAAAAGACUGGAGAGCGACGCUAUAGUGACGACUUUUCUCUCUUUUAACUCUAAUAGCUUCAUGAAUAAGCUACAACUUUCACAAGGCAACGAAACUGUCUUGUGUUGCACACGACAGCUCAUUCUUGCGCAUGUAUUUUAUUCGUUCGGACAUGACAGCCUAGUUUGCUCAUUUUGAGGAUUUUCUGUUGGCUUGGCUUGCGCUGUUGAAAGCCUGCUGAUCGACUGCGACUGUCAUCGAAUCGCACUUUUUCGUUUCUUUUUAUUUCAUAGGCCGAUGGCAUAUUGAAUAAAAUGUCGUUUUCGUUUUUGUGGUGUAGCUAUUUCGCGGACUACACUUUGUCCUAUUGCUGUUUUUUUUUUCAAUUUCCGGACUAUCCCGGACUACCCUUUUUCUGUCCCGGACAGUCCGCGAAAGAAACAGAGUGCAGUUUUGAAGACACAUAUGUGUCAAAAUCAAAAAAAAAAGUGUCAAAAUCAAUUUGCUUUGAUAAUCGUUCUUCGCGUGUCAAACAUCAGGUUGGAUUUUAUGUAUUUUAUUUGGUUAUUUUCGUCAUUUUCAAUAAAUUGGCAAAUUUAUACAAUGGCGAUAAUGACCAAAACAAAAGUGAAAGCUACCUCUGGUAUUACGCACACCAUUGCAACUGCCCGGAAAGUGUUUUUUAUUUUCAGCUGCAAAUUGUAGUCCGGGACGGUAUAGUCCUGCCGUAAAAACAAAUUCGACAUGAAGCAAACCGUUUCAUAUGUGUUUCCAUUGUUGAUAUUAUUCCCCACGUAAGAAAAAACGUUCCUCGCACCAUCUAUCUUUCAUUCUUUCAUCGUCCUUACUGUCGUGAAUCAUAGUCACCUGACAUCCCGCUCGGAUUCGUGCCGAAAAAUGUCGAAGAUUAUGGGCUGUCACUUGCGACAGCUUGGAAGAGCCAACAGACUUAAGGAGAUGAAAAAUAACAACCCUAUUUGGCAUUGUAAGUGUGCGCUGUCGUCAGUUACUGUAGGGUUUUGUACCAAAUGUACGGGGAGCAGGGAGAGCUGCGCAAUGCAAUCCCGAAAAAAUAACAUUAAAAAACCUUAAAAGUUGCUGUAAUUGUACAUAGUUAUACCAUGAUUUAACUAUGUUUUUCAUUGUAAAUACAUCAUUUUUACAUCUAAUAUCAUUGUCCAGAACAAAAAAAAACAUCAUUUUUACCAUUUUUACCAUGAAAAUGUAUCUUAACAGCAUUUUUUAGGCAUUUUUCUCAUACAUUUAGAAGUCACUGACAAUGUUUUUCAUGGUAAAAUUAUUGUCGGUGGUAGAUUCAACAACAAAAAACGUUGUUAAGACAUGGUAAUGACAACAAUCGUUUGCAAGCUUACAGGAAAAAUACCGUGUUUUUUACGGUUACAAUAAAAAAUAUUGUCCGUUUACUGUUCUCACCGCAAAAUACAUCGUAAUUUUUUUUCGGAAUGUCAGCCGAAUCAGUUGAAAACUUGGUGUCAUAGAUAUGCAGUCUUUAGGCCCAAACACAAUGGAUACGUUGCGGCUGCGUUUGCGGCAAUUUGACAGUUAGCCCAUACAUUUUCUGUCAAAUAAACGUCAACUCAACACGAACGUAUCCAUUGUGCUUGGGCCUUUUUUCAUAAGCUUGCGUAAAUCAUCGUUAAAAAACACGUUAAUGAAACCGUGUAAAAAGACCUUGCUGUAUUGAUAAGAAAUUUCAGUGAAUCAUGAUGAUGCAACAUGAUUCAAGAAAUUUUUCUUGUUUCUUGUUUUUCUGAUACUGAUAUAGAGGAUAUCACAGCUGACGGUGUCUACUCGUGACAUCCAUGAUAGGCGCUUGUUCGCGGAAACUCGACCUUGAAACUUUUAAUCGAUUUUCGCUGUAAUGAUUAUUACUGACAUGUCACAAAAUUGUCCAUUAUUUUAUUUAUCCAACGAUAAAUUGAUUAUUAAGAUUCAAAAUGCCAAAAUGCUUACGACUUUUUAACAAAUAACUCUUGAGUCUGAAAAUUUGUCCAGCUGCGUUAAAUAGGGUAUCGAACGUCUCCGUCAGUGGUUUUCUUCGGCAGUUUUUCUGCAGCAAUCUUAUGCAAAAGGGGGCCGAAGAAAACCACUGACGAAGACGUUCGAUACCCUAAUUAGUUUGCUCGAUAUUCGACAGAAGGUUAUUUGGCAUGGAAACACUCAUGUGCUGCACUUGUGUCUGAACUUUAGAUUGCAUGCAGAGCCGAAUUAACGAUUGUGGGGGCCCCAAAAUAAAACAAAACCAUAUUUCGAUCGUAAGUAUCAUUUGUUUGUGAAAGCUUGUGUGAAAAAUUGGCAUUUUUAGAACCAUUUCUCUCGAGGUUUCUUCGCUGAAAACUUAUCAAUCAAUCAAUGUAAUCAACACUCAAUUUCUUCAGUAUAUCGUACUCACAAUCUAAUAAUGGCGAAUUCGAUAACCCGGAGGGUCCGGCGUCUGGGUCUUCCGGCCCCCAUCAAAUCCUGCUCUGAUCGCAUGUAAGAAGGCAAUAAUAAAAUCUAUUUUAUCAGUGUCGCAAGUACCAUUCAUAAAAACAUGGAACAUGACAAUUUGAGUCAUUAUCAUGAACAAACACCACCCUCAUCGAGCCUUCCUGCAGAAAAUGUGUCUCCUUCAACUCUAAUAAAACAAAAAAGGCUUGGUCCCGCUCCGAUUGCAUCUUUUGAGGAUACCACGGCUGAGGAGAAAAACCGAAUGGACACGCCAGGUCAAAACUUUAAAUCCCGCCGCUACAGUUCCAAAGAGACCGCCGAUUCUCCGAAAAAACAAUCUCCUUCUAAUACAGUGGGCAGCACAAGUGCAUUAGCACCCUCUACUCCUCGUAUAGAUAUUAGCAGGGCUUCAUCGCAUUCAUCUCAUCAUGACAGUAGAGAUAGCAGUCCAGAGAACGUUUUUGAUCAGGUUGGCACUGGAACAUUGCAGGAUACUGGUGUACUAGGAUAUAGAGAGGAGGGUGCGAUGGAUCUUCGAAGCUCAACUGAGGAAUUACAGUUCAUGGAGCCUGAGAAAGGAAGAACUGAAAGGGAGAAACCACAUGCGCCGCAGAGGUAUUCUCCUAUAAUGUUUAAAUUAGAUGAACAACAACAACAAAUUUCGGCAUUUCAUCAACGGAAAGAUUCUGCAAGCUCGGAUGUUGCAGCUUUUUUGUGUAUUUCGGGCCGCACUAGCCGCAUUUCGAGUGUUGGGAGUCAAGGGUCGGCAAACAGUAAACUUUCUGGUGUGUCUGGUAUUUCUCGUUCACCGUCGCCACACCGCAUGUUACUAGAAACAUCAUUCUGUGGACCAAAGCCGUUACAAGGUGCUACAGAUAGCUGUAUUUCCAGUAGCAUCGAACCACUUACAGCACAAAUGCUCGAACAAGUAAUUUUGUCCAGAAAGAAAGAUCCUACCGAAGCGGUACUAGCUGAAGGAAUAAGCAUAGAUACAUCGUUAACUAACAAUGUCAAUAUAGGCAAUGUUGCUAAUGAAGCAGAGCCAACAAGAAGAAAAUCAGACAGUAAUGCUAACGUAACUCGAAAAGAAGAAAUCAUCCAAAUACCACAGACAAGCAGAAGUAUUUCAAACAAACGUUACAUCCCACCUACAGAUCUAAAUAAGCCUAUUGUUGGUGUGAUGCCUAGCGGAGCGGAAUAUAUAAGAAUAAAGCUGAAACCAGACCACUGCUAUAGCGAUAAUGGAAUUGCAGACAAUGAAAGAGUUCUAGAUGAUGAUCAAAAAAAGCCAAAUUCGUUGAACCUUGAAAAUUCUCAUAAAAAAUCACAUAGUUCAAAUGUUAGUCCGAAGCCAACUCGUCAAAGCAUGAUUUUUCGAGACAGUAAUAGCCGUUCCCCAUCGCCAGCGAAUACUACAUUUUCGAGGAAAAGUUCAUUCUGUUCUAUAUUUAAACGAAAAGAUUCGGCAAGUCCUGAUUCUCCGGGGGCGUGUCACGCUAGAAAAAAAAGCAGUUCUACUGUUUCACAUGAAUUCAGAGAAAGAUCACGUAGCAAAAGCCGAGAGCGUGAUCCUACUUCGGUGAAUUCUACACCAAACCAACAAAAGUCAGUAUUGGCAAUAUUUAAACCUAAGAAAAAUGGUUUGAAGUCAAAGUCACCCUCACCAAACGAUCCAUAUCCACAAAGCGUUUUGGCCGACACAGCAAAUGUUGAGUUUAAAUUUAGAAACGAUUCGUCAAAUGACAGUUCACGGUCUCACCUUAGAUAUUAUGAUACACCUUUGGAUGGUAAAAGCAUCCACAUACCUUUACACACUCCACCAGAGGAAAAAAAUUUGAAAUCAUUGUUGUCGACCCCAGUGCCCAAACUAAACACGGAAUCAGAAAUAAUUCCGGGAAAAGUAUCCCCUUCUACCCAAUCAAUAAACCUAAGCAAUAACUGUACUGUUACUAUCCAUAAUAGGCCUAAACCAAUGCCUCCUUUAAAAUGCUAUCGAAUAGAAAAUCCAGAUGGAAGCAUUACUAUUCCAUUAAAGUCGCCUACUGAGGAAAAAGAACGAGAUAGUUUGUGGAGUAUGGAUGUACAACGCAAUAGUUCUCAAGAAAGUCAAGAAACUGUUAUUUCUGCUGUGCCUCCACAACAUAGCAAUACACAAUUGAUCCACACGCAUGCCUUACCUUCAUCAAAACAUCAGAACGGGGUUACUCAAACUAAGCAAGACGAUGCAGGGGCAGCGUCGCUAGGUAAUUCAAAAGAUAACGGGUCGGUAAUUGCUAACAUGACUGCCAAAGAGAGAAAACAACUGUUGUUCUCUAUGAAAAUGGGAUCAGGUAGUCAGGAGCAAGUAUUCACUACACAAUUCAGCAUUUCAAAAACAGAAAGUCAGUGUAGCCAGCUAUCGGAAGCAAUCAACAGCGCAGCCAUUGAAACCGGUACUUUGGAUAGGAAAGAUACAACACCAUUGGAUGUUACAACGGUAGUAUAUCGCAAUAAGCAACUUGACAAUGUAAAGCAUAGACGAACGAAUGAACAGUGCAAUAGAACUAACAGCCUGUCCGGAGAUUCCAUGGAAUUUCAAAGACAUUCACGUUAUAUUGAAAAUCCCGAAGAAGUUCUUAAUCUUCAGUAUAGAGAGGAAAAUCUCAGGCGAGAGAAUGAACUGCAAUCAACACACCGCGAAGAGUCGUCCGGCUCGUUAGAGAGUAAGAAUGUGCUUAAAGUACACGAUAGAAAACCAACAAAUUCUAACGAUGAGCAAGCAGUUUCUUCAGAAAGUGAAAAAGAUUCUGAAAUGGAUUCCACAACUACAUGUAAACAUAUUCACUCCAGCAUGUUGGCAAUUGAAGAUCAUGAAAGUGCAGGUUUAGUGUUACAAGAAUCGUUUGAUGACGAGUUACCGUACAUACCUACUACGCUGCCCGAAGAACGAUCCAUAGGUGUUAAACUAGUUCCCAUGAAAGAACGCGCUCAAAUAGAAAUGAAAACAUGUCCAUUGGAACGACCCAGAUCGACAACACCGAUACACCCGGCAUCACUGGAAAAUUAUUGUGGUUUUAGCGCAGUUGAGGAUACCGAUAGCAAUUUGGUUCGAGGAGAGAAACUACGUAUCAGUCUACCAAAAAAACAUGACUCAACAGUAGAACGACCUUCGAAAAGCUGGUCUCCAAGGAAAGCAUCUAUUUCAUCUGGCAAGAAUUGGUUCGAAUUUGUGGAGCAAGGUAUAAGUAGCACUAACCAAGCGUCUGCUACCAACAACGGAGAGAAGAAAGCAUCUGCGCAGCAAUCUAACGUAGAAGAAGAGCCUCCUCCCUUACCACCACGCAAAACAGCGCAACAGUGGAUUGACUUUGAAAGCAUUCCAGAGAAACGAAAACAACCAAAACGCAUAACUUCACUUCGCCAAAAAGAAUCGUCUGUAGAAAACACUGCAAUCACAGAAGUAUUAUACAAUUAUGUAAAGCCCGAAGAAUGCCAAUGUGAGUGCCAUGAAAGCGAACGUGAGAGUGGUAAGCCACGGCAGUCCAUACCGCACGGUGAAAUAGAAGACCAGCAACCAUUGCUGCAACAGGAUUUAAUGGAUGAAUUCAAUAAAAGGGAUGAUGACUCUCUUCAUACUUCACUUAAGAAGGAAACGGAUGAAGUUAGCCCAGCGGGUGGUGAACAAAAACCCUAACGAUUAUUUUAUUGAUAUCACGCAUAAUCAUGAAUAAUGGAGAUUUUCGAUAACAUUUCUCUUUAUCGAAUCCGAAUAGUUACGAACCGUUGCAUUUUCGAUAAUGUAAAAUUUAACCUUUUUAUGGAAAAGGUUUCGGAAUCUCUAUGAGAACCGGCGUUUAAAACGAGGCCCGUAAAACAAGCGCCGUAUACAAUUAGACACAGAUUGAUUAACCAUGCGAGUGUUUGUGUAGAUGUAUGUGUGUACGUAUGAACGAGUUUACAAUUUUUUCAUUUUGCUGAAGAUUGUUCAACCGAUUUUGAUAUUUGUCAUUCAACUUAAAAGAUAGUGGUGCUCCAUUUCUAUACAUAUAGCUUUCAACCUAAUGUAUUCAGGGAUGAUUUGAAAUACAUAUUUAUUGUAUUGAUAAUAGGAGAGAUAUUUUCAAAAAUAAGAUCAAUACAUCAACUUUAAUCUCUGAACUUCGAGUGUUGUCACCAGUAAAAAAAUUCUCUGCUACGCUUUUAAAGUAGAUGUUCACUUUAAACUCUAUGAUUUCCAGUAAUCGUUAAUUUUAAAGUAAUUUCUGGGUUGAUGAAUUCUCUAUCAUCGGCCAGUGUUUCACAAAUGAAAAUUAGUUAUGAUUUCCAGUAAUCGUUAAUUUUAAAGUAAUUUCUGGGUUGAUGAAUUCUCUAUCAUCGGCCAGUGUUUCACAAAUGAAAAUUAGUUAUCAUCAUUUGCUAUAGAUCAUUUUACGAACUGACAGGUGUCACGGAUCCUGCUGAUAUUGAUGCUGCUUUUACAUGCGUAAUGUCAGCGGUUCCGAGCUUUCUGUUAAAAUUCAUUAAUGAAUUGAGUUCAGAAACGUCUCGUAAAAUGGUCUAUGCUUUACAGUCGAUUCUCCAUGCAGACUAAAGUAACCAGCAGGUCGAAGCUCCGGCGCGGAACAUCAAUUGGAAGAAGUAUUCUGGGGGCGGAGGGGGCGUUUUGGAUUCUGAUUAGUGCUGCGUAAUUGUUUUAUUAUUAUCAAUUCAUCUGAAAAGUUAUCACCUUAAUGAAUAAAAAUUUAAAUGACCUAAAUUAAAUAGAAAUUAAAAAAUCUAGCGAUGGAACAGCGUUAAAAAUGUUUCAUCCAGUGAGUUGCGUUGAAUUCGCAUUGAAAGAAAGCUUGUUUAGAAGAGCCGAGUAGUCGAUUUCUCGAAGAAUCACAUUAGCAACAACCAUUGCCUGCUAAAUUUUCCUUCUACGUUUCAGAAAAGCGAUUCCCAAACGAUUACAAUAUUUAUAUGAAGAAAGAUUUAUCAUGUCUGUCCAAGAAAGUUUACGGAGUGCGAAACGAACAUAUGAUGUAAGACAUACACUAAAGUCACUUUUUACGCUUUGUUUUGGCGUUUGUAACGCAUCUUUUACGCGGAUUUAAAAAAAUAACGGUUCUUGUAGGUGGGUUUCGAAAUUUACCAAUUUUAUGUUUGGCUUUGGGAAUUUAUGCGAAAACAUGGUUUUGGUGAAGUUUAAGUUAAAUUUCCAAAUUCAAAGUAUCGAAUAUUUACUUCGCAAAAGGUAUUCUGCAGAGAUCAUUCAAAACAUUUGGCGAGUUUGUUUUUUCGCAAAUUUCAUAUUUUACAUAUUUUUAUACAUUUUGGAAUUUACGCAAAUUUGGUUGUUUAUGCCUUUUCAACGGCCAACAUAUCCCCUGUGGAAAAUAUCAACUUAACAUUUUACGUGAACAUGGAAUCUAUUAUAAAGCAGGACAUUUUACCGAAACGCGGAAUGUCUGGUCACUUCAUCCUUGACCUUUCUAUGUUUGCCAAUUCUCUGUGACCCUGCUAACGCGGUUAACUUAUUGAAUUACAGAAUGACAUUAUAUACAAAAACUCUUGCAACAAUCUAUGUGUUUGUCUUUUGCAGCAGGUAUUGAAUUAAAAUCUUAUAGCGAUAUUCUUUGUUCCCAGUGUCAACCUAGUUGCGACAAAUAAAAAAAUGCUAUUAGAACAUUCCUUUAUUCGCUUGAGUUCGACUCAGUAUCGCAGAGGUGGCGCCUCGAGAAUGGAAAUUUGGGCACAGUAACUUCUGUGAGAUCAUACACACCAAUUGGUUGAGAUCGAGAUCGUAAAUUUAUAUUGCUUUCUUAUUCCAGUAGGUUGGCACUAGCCCAGUGGAAUAAAGGAAUUCGCUAUUAGUAUCUAGAAUAAAUAUGUAUUGAUUUUCGGCUGAUCAUAUUAAUGUUGCUUCCUUCGAUCGUUGCUUUUUUACGUGUAUGUUUAUUGCUGCCAAUGAUCUUAGAAUUGAAAAAAAAAAUGCAUCUAUGAAGUAAGUGCAUUGGAUUGAGAUGUGAUGGAAACUUCUAAAAUAAUAUCUAUACUUACAAAAACAGUCUACAGAAUUUCCUUUUUCUGUCAUCACCUAAAUAUCGAUCGAUAGCAAAUGUAUGUAGGUUAAAUUGGAAAUAUUAGCUCAAAUAGUUCGUUAAACCAUAUGAAGCAUUGGAUAAAUAUAUAGUUUUCAAAUCAAUUUCAGAAAACAAUGGCGUUGUAAAAGCAAAUUGUUAUUAAUUUAGUUGUAAAGAAAAAAAUGCGUUGGAGUCUAGUGCGCCAAAAUCGUGAAAAUUAUUUAGAACAAGCUAUUAUUUAAAAACAAAAUUAAAGAAUGUUCGGCUCUUGUGAUAGUUUUAUUUAUAUAUGAAAAUUUCCCGUGUAAGUACUUAUAAGCUUUACUUUAUAAAUAUUUGAUUUAUGAGUGUUCAAUAAAAAGCGCUUCGUUAAAA